AUGCCAAAGGCCUUAACAGAAAAUGAUAUUGACUAUGAAAACAAAGAUGGGAUCCCAGUGCUCGACGGCCACGAGCCCGAGGCCGGGCGGCUCCUGGGCCGGGCGGUGCACGAGCGCGUCUUCCUUCCACCCGGGGUGCGGCGGGAGCCGGUGCGCGCGGGCCGGGUGCGCGCCACGCUCUUCCUGCCGCCAGUCUCCAUUUAUAGAUUCUCUCUCUUUCCUCAUCAGGUGAAAGGCCCUGGCGUUGGGCUUCUUGGCUUCUCCAAAGGAGGUGACCUGUGUCUCUCAAUGGCCUCUUUCUUGAAGGGCAUCACAGCCACUGUAGUUAUCAAUUCCUGUGUGGCCAAUUCAAUAGCUCCUCUGCAUUACAAGGAUAUGAUUAUUCCUGAUCUCGGCAGUGACCUAAGGAAACAUACAAUCACUGAGUCAGGUCUUUUAGAUUUCAUGGAUAUUUGGAACAAUCCACUGGAGGAACCCAACCGCCAAAGUCUUAUUCCUUUGGAAAAGGCCCAGGGGCCCUUCCUGUUUAUUGUUAGCAUGGAUGACCAUAGCUGGAGGAGUGACUUCUAUGCUCAUAUAGCCUCUGAACGGUUACAAGCCCAUGGGAAAGACAGACCCCAAAUAAUCUACUAUCCAGAAACUGGUCAUUGUAUUGACCCACCUUAUUUUCCUCCUUCUAGAGCCUCUAUGCAUGCAGUAUUGGGCCUACCAGUAUUCUAUGGAGGUGAUCCAAAGGCUCACUCAAGGGCACAGGUAGAUGCCUGGCAACAAAUUCAAACUUUCUUCCAUAAGCAUCUCAAUGGUAAAAAGUCUGUCAAGCCCAGCAAAAUGUAACAUUAAUCAUAGAUGAAAUACUAUGAAUAAAAAUCCUAUUCAUACAA